AGGCCUGUUUUUAUGGAUCGGUACUGCGCGUGCGCAAUGAGAGGAGUCCUUGGCUGGUCGGCCUGCUGUAGGUUACAGAUCUGGUGAGGGGACACAGACAAAAUGCAGAGCUGGACUCAGUUAUACCGCUCCUUGGCCACGCGGAGCCACCACCUUCCCUGCAAACUGCACGGCGCCACAGCUGUGUCCGUCAGAACCUAUGCUGACAAAGCAGCAAUCGAUGCAGAUGUCACAGUGGUAGGCUCUGGUCCAGGCGGCUACGUCGCUGCCAUCAAAGCCGCACAGCUUGGCUUCAAGACAGUGUGUGUGGAGAAAAAUCUCACGCUGGGCGGGACGUGUCUGAAUGUCGGCUGCAUCCCCUCCAAGGCUCUGCUGAACAACUCCUACCUGUACCACCUGGCUCACGGCAAGGACUUUGAAAGUAGAGGCAUCGAAAUUUCAGGCAUCUCGUUGAACCUGGAGAAGAUGAUGGCUCAGAAGAGCGGAGCGGUCAAAGCGCUGACCGGAGGAAUCGCACAUUUAUUCAAACAGAACAAAGUGACCCAUGUCAACGGUUUUGGGAGGGUGACUGGUAAGAACCAGGUGACGGCUGUAUCAGCAGACGGCAGCGAACAGGUCAUCAAUACCAAGAACAUCCUCCUCGCCACGGGCUCUGAGGUCACGCCCUUCCCCGGGAUCCAGAUUGAUGAGGAGACCGUGGUGUCGUCGACAGGAGCUCUGUCCCUGAAGAAAGUUCCAGAGGAGUUGAUUGUGAUCGGAGCCGGAGUCAUUGGAGUGGAGCUGGGGUCAGUGUGGCAGCGUCUGGGCUCUAAAGUCACGGCGGUGGAGUUCCUGGGCCACGUGGGCGGCAUGGGCAUCGACAUGGAGAUUUCCAAGAACUUCCAGCGCAUCCUGCAGAAGCAGGGCCUCAAGUUCAAGCUCAGCACCAAAGUCAUGGGAGCCACCCGGAGGCCUGACGGCAAGAUCGAUGUGGCAGUGGAGGCGGCGGCCGGAGGGAAGAAUGAAACUCUGACGUGCGACGUGCUGCUCGUCUGUAUCGGCAGACGACCUUUCACCCAGGACCUGGGUCUGGACUCUGUGGGCAUCGAGCUGGACAACAGGGGCCGCAUCCCCAUCAACAGCCGCUUCCAGACCAAAGUACCCAGUAUCUAUGCGAUCGGUGACGUGGUUGCCGGGCCGAUGUUGGCCCACAAGGCGGAGGAUGAGGGCAUCAUCUGCGUGGAGGGCAUGGCUGGCGGCGCCGUGCACAUCGACUACAACUGUGUUCCCUCCGUCAUCUACACACACCCCGAGGUGGCCUGGGUGGGCAAGACAGAGGAGCAGCUCAAAGAGGAGGGCGUCCCGUACAAAGUCGGAAAGUUCCCCUUCGCAGCCAACAGCCGAGCCAAGACUAACGCUGACACUGACGGCAUGGUGAAGAUCCUCAGCCACAAGGAGACAGACAGGAUGAUGGGAGCUCACAUCCUCGGAUCUGGCGCUGGAGAGAUGAUCAACGAAGCUGCUUUGGCCAUGGAGUACGGUGCUUCCUGUGAGGACGUCGCCAGAGUCUGCCACGCUCAUCCUACGGUGUCGGAGGCCUUCAGAGAAGCAAACCUGGCCGCCUCCUUCGGCAAAGCCAUCAACUUCUGAUCCGCCGGCCGCUGUCGCACCUUCAGUGUACAUAACGAGGACAAACAGGAAGCUGUGUGUGUCUCUGCGUCGAAACCUUCAUCCACCCCUGCAGGAUCCUCCGUGUACAUCCAAACUCUACCACAUUUAGUUCUAAUGUUAUUUAAAUGUUCUCAAUAAAACCAUAAAAAGGGGGUCUGGGCGGUAAAUAAACGCUGACUGCACAUCAGUCUUUUGUUUCCCAAACACAUAGUUGAGAAGAUCCCAGAGGAGAAUAUUAUUCACUCAUUUUCAGCACAUAGAGAUAUAAAUAUUAUUUUGGCUGGGGGCUGUGCUUUCUCUUGUUGGAGGGAGGAGGGAGUGUUUUUGUUUCUCUGUUUUUUUACAGAAUUUAAAACCACAAAUAUGAUGUGUAACCAGAGCAGGAAACUGAAGCGGCUUUUAUUCACUCUUAAAGUUGCUCCUUGUGGGUCGAAACAUUAAAGUACGUUGAGCUUCAGUCAGCGGAGUCACAGCAGGCGUUUCAACCCUGGAUUGUCAAAAUAUUCAGCGUGAAAAUCAGAAGCACCCAAGACAUUUUCAAGACAAACCUUUUUAAAUUAAAUCAUUUGUUCCCUCAAACCAGUGUUUCUCAACAAGAUCAGUCCCAUUAAGGUGAGAAAUGACAGCGUGAACAGUUGAACACUAAACCGUUCAAAACUGAAACUUUUUUUAAGGUGCACUUACUCGCUUGUUUCCCAGAGCCUUCAAACACGCUUCAGUCUUCAUCAGCGACACUUAAGUCAUGACAACUGAGCAAAGUCCUUGUGCUGAGAUGUGGUCGACGACUCCGAAGAAGUUAGUAAAUGCACAUUGAGCUUUGAUUCAAAACAUAAAGAUUAAAAAAAUCAAAGUGUAAACUCCUCUAUAGCGAGAGUGUCACAGCAGAGAACGUUAAUUUUAAUUUUCUUGAUGUGGGAAUCAUUUCCUCUGAUUUAUGAAACGCAGCAUUUCCUGUCGAUGUUUUAAAGCUUCACUGUGGAGUUUUAGAUCUGCAGUAGCACCCUGGUGUUUUGAUGAGUGGGUUGUGUGAGUCCUUUACAGGUGGCCGUAACAUGCCAAGAGAUAGAGCGAAGAAAGAGACUGCAAGCUGGUUGACAUGACUGUAAACAAUGCAGAGUUUAAGAUACUUAAAAUCUGUGUUUCAUGAGGAAGGAAGUGCGCCUAACUCGUUGGACCUGAAGGAUUCACGCUGUGUGUUUUAGUGACACUAAGAAUAACUUUAGUUAAUGUACAUUUAGAGUUGGGCUCCUGCUCGGUGCAGAGCCAGGCGUUCAACACGCUCGAACAUUGUGUUGAUUUACCCUUUAAAGACCAAUAGAACUGAAGCUGUUGGUCGUUGCUUGGAUACGGUUUCCUGCUCUGGUUGCUUCACUGUGAUUGGCUCUGGCCUGCUCUUGCUUAUCUCACCAUUUAAACCAAUAAAAGCAGUAUCAGUUGAAUAAGA